UGGGGGGGGGGAAGAGAGAGACUUUGUAAUAAGAAGAAAGGGGGGGGAGGACCACCCCUAGAUCUAACAGAUGACUUUUAAAAGGCCCUGCCUCCAGGCUGUGUUUUGCUUAAAACGUCUGCAAGCGGGAUAAUUGAAUGGCAGGCGGGCGGGCGGAAAAUUAACUCUUUGUAAAAUUGCUUUGCGGGGGGUAAUCCUUCCCGGCUGUUUCUUUCUCAACCGUUCUUGAGCGGCUAGGACAACUUAUAGCGUGGUAGGAACAAAAAUACAAAAUAAAAAAAGAUUGCCAGAGAGAAAGCGUGUGUUUUCAAUCACUCCCUGGGGAUUCUGUGCUGUUUUUCCCGGGAUUUUACUUUUUCUCGCUACAGACUGAUGGACGAUCUCCGCUGGAUCCAACUUCUGCGGCUUCUCCUUUUUCUGGCUUCAUUGCCUUUGUAUGGUGGACAAGAAACUUCAGUGGAGAUCUGCUGCACCCGUGGAUAUGAAUGGCAUAGCUCAAGAGCAAUGCUGUCUCAAUCAACUGGAGGAGCUGCACUGUACAGCUGGAAUAGCUAUUGCCAGCAAGCACGAAGACUGUGAUUCCUAUGAAAAUAAUUCUACCUGUGAAGACAAAAUCAUUAAGAAAUGCUGUUACUGCUGCUUUAUGGGGAAGGUGGCCCAAAAGCAAGGGAACAGCUGUGAACAGAGUCUGCUGAUGGGAUACCAGUGUGGUUUGGUCUUCAGAGCUUGCUGUGUUGAGGGGCAAGAAAGUGCUGAUACGUUAAUUGUUGAUGGCCCUAACAAAGAAUUGGCAUCACCGGUGGAAGUAGAUCAUGAGGAUCAUUAUCUUAAUGACCGCUGCAGAGGAGGCGGCCCUUGCACCCAGCAAUGUAGGGACACAGGCUCCAGUGUUCUCUGUUCUUGCUUUAUGGGCUACCAGCUUAAGCCUGAUGGGUUCACUUGUGAAGAUAUUAAUGAGUGUAUCACUACAGCCAACACUUGUGGCAUUGGACAAAUUUGCAUCAAUACACUAGGAUCUUUCCGCUGUCAGCGUGAGACCAGUUGCGGAACUGGUUAUGAACUAACAGAGAACAAUCUUUGCAAAGAUAUUGACGAAUGUGAGACUGGUACUCAUAACUGCCUCCCCGAUUUUAUCUGUCAGAAUACUCCAGGAUCCUUCCGUUGCCGACCCAAACAACAGUGCAAGAACGGCUUUAUACAAGAUGCUCUAGGCAACUGUAUUGAUAUUAACGAAUGCCUGAGUGCUAAUGUGCCUUGCCCCAUUGGGCAGACUUGCAUCAACACGGAUGGUUCUUAUGCUUGCCAGAGGAACGUGCCAAACUGUGGACGAGGCUAUCAUCUUAAUGAAGAAGGGACAAGAUGUGUAGAUGUAGACGAGUGUUUGGCACCCAAUCAGCCUUGUGGAGAAGGUCACAUGUGUAUCAAUUCCCCUGGCAGCUACCGUUGUGAGUGCCGCGUUGGCUACUAUUUUGAUGGAAUCAGUAGAUCUUGCAAUGAUGUUAAUGAAUGCCGACGAUACCCUGGUCGCCUAUGUGCCCACAAAUGUGAAAACACUGCUGGUUCUUAUUACUGUAGCUGUACAAUGGGUUUCAAACUUUCAGCCGAUGGGAGGUCAUGUGAAGACUUAAAUGAAUGUGAAAGUAAUCCCUGUAGCCAGGAGUGUGCUAAUGUAUAUGGUUCUUAUCAGUGCUACUGUCGUCGGGGCUACCAGCUGAGUGACAUAGAUGGGAUCACGUGUGAAGAUAUUGAUGAAUGUGCUUUACCCACUGGAGGGCAUAUCUGUGCCUAUCGAUGUAUUAAUGUUCCAGGGAGUUUUCAGUGUGCUUGUCCCUCUUCUGGUUACAAAUUGGCCCCCAAUGCACGGAACUGUCAAGAUAUUGAUGAGUGUGUUACAGAAACACAUACGUGCUCAUACAAUGAGACCUGCUAUAAUAUUCAGGGUGGUUUCCGCUGCCUUUCCUUGGAAUGCCCAGAAAAUUAUCGGAAGUCUGGAGAUACAGUCAGUCACGAGAAGACAGAUACUGUUCGCUGUAUUAAGUCCUGCCGACCAAACGAUGCCAACUGUGUGUCAGAUCCCGUUCACACCAUUUCCCACACUGUCAUUUCACUGCCUACAUUCAGGGAAUUUACAAGGCCUGAAGAGAUUAUUUUCCUUCGUGCUAUCACACCAGCAUACCCAGCCAACCAGGCAGACAUCAUAUUUGACAUAACUGAAGGAAAUCUGCGGGAUUCCUUUGACAUCAUCAAGCGCUACAUGGAUGGCAUGACUGUGGGUGUGGUUCGCCAGGUGAAGCCCAUCAUUGGCCCUUUCUAUGCUACCCUGAAACUAGAGAUGAACUACGUUGUUGGAGGGGUUGUCUCACACCGCAAUAUUGUCAACGUGCACAUCUUUGUUUCGGAGUACUGGUUUUGAUUGACCUUGCCAUCUUGAUGGAAGCAGGAGAGCUUCAAAGUGAAUGUUGAACACAAACAAAUAAAAAGUUAUAUACACCUUUUUGAGGGGAUGGGGGUGGCAUGUGGGAGUGAGACCAAAUAGCUUUCUUUUCAAGUGACAUAUCUGGUUUAUAGCUUAAUUAAAGGACCAAUAGCAAACUAUCUAAAAUAGAAGUAGGAUGGAGCAAUAACCUUUGCAUCUGACCUAGCUGGGUUGUAUAUACAAAUAAAUAGUGUGUCUGGCUCCCUAUCCUUCUACUGAGUUUUAAACUCUGCUAAGUGUUUUGCAGAGGUUCUUAAGGCAGGGUGCUGCAUGCAAGAUUUUGCAUGCUCAGAGCCUCGCCUGCCCUUACCCUUCCUUCUUAUAAUGCUUUGCCUGGCUAUGAAAUUAACUUUUUCAUUGCAAAAAAUCAGGAAGGCACUCUCCUAUGCAUUUGGGGUCAUAACUGAUCCUAGCUGAUAUUAACAAAUAUGUAAAAUGGCCACCCCACAACCAUGUGAUAUUCUCUAUAUAUUCUCCUACAAUGUAGUGUUGGUGUAUGUGUGGGUUUGCUCUCUGGUGUUUCUGAUUUUCAUUUUGUGUGUGUUAUGUUUAUAUUUUAAUCUGAAGGUUUCAUUAAAAGGCAUUGGGAUUAGAAAGGCUCCAACUAAAGUCAAUGGUGGAAAAUGAAACACUGCGGAUUCCAAGAUACUGAGGGUCUAAAUGACCCCAGUAUUGGGGAAACUCUCACUUAACAAUACAUUUAGUACUUGAUGUUAAAUCAGCGGGUAAGACAAGGAUGUGCUAAUAAUUAUGUUGCCUUGAUUAAAAGAACUGCAUGGCUAGUUCAGCGUGUCCCAUGGCCAGUUCAGCGUGUCCCAUGGCCCUUUGGACUUUCCCCAAACAGCAUCCGAUUCCUCUCAUGUUGCAUUGCAAUUUUAUUUUGAAAUGGAGGAGAGUUUCAAAAGUAGUUUGUAAUGUGGCACAGGAUUCAAAGUAAAAUGGCAGCAGCAAAUAACCUCUUUUGAGUUCUACAGUAGAGCUUUGGCUUUAUGUCGUUGUUGUACAUCCUGAACGUUUAGAAUUGAAGGGGGAAAUGCACAAAUUAGGUACUCCCAUCUGUGAGAGCCCAUUGGGGUUAACAAACUCAGGGCAUACCCCAGAUCCACAUCUCCAUAUAGUUAUACCCCUUGGUCAAAAACAGUAAUCUUUAAUGUAACCUCACAUUUUUACCUUUAGAUUGUCAAAGACAACUUAGUUUUGAGUUUAUAUCAAAUCACUAAAGUGCUUUCUAUAAGGAGGGAGAAUUAAGGCAGCGGAAAAUGGAAGUUUUCGCAGACUACAGGUGCACAAUACUAUUUUGGGGGGUCAGGGUGGGGAGUAAUAGACGUUAUGGUAGAACCAUCAUUGGCUUUAGUGUGCGUGCAUUUCUUUGUCCCAGUGGUUAAACGGGGCUUGCAGGUUUAUGAAACAGUACAACUGCCCCCCCCAAGCCCUGCACAGAGGCAGAGGUAGAAUGUCUAUGUGCAUCAUGAGCAAUGCAAUUAUGCCUCUCUGUCUCACCCCCUUCAGUUCACUAAAGCAAAAGUGCAGUCUGUCUCUAGCUCAGAGUUGAUGGUUACCAGACACUGAACGGAAGCAAAGGAAAUCAGUUUGUGGAACUGAAUUAAGAACCAUCACUAGGAGAGAGUUUGCAGGUUUGCUCUGUACAGAAGCAUAAAGGGAAGAUAAGGAUUUGGACUUUAACCAAUUUACAUUGUACAGUAAAUAUAUGGUGGUGAACCAGACUGACCAUGUUUGCACUGAAAAGUUACACGUCUUAUUAUUCCAGUUUACCUGUCAUGGCUUCUCCGAAACCUACCAAUCUGAGAUUUGGAAAGGGUGCUGAGAAUUGUCUGUUAGAGAUCCCUAGCCUCCUUUAUGGAACUUAUGGUUGCUAGUGUUUCUCUGAGGAGUAUAAAUGCCUACUGUACCAUUUUUUUGUAGCUCAGACACACCCUAUUUUGUAGUCCUAGACCUUAAAGUGGGAAGGAUCAUGCUUUGGUAUCAGACCUUGUUAGGGAUCUUAUAAUGAAAAAUAUGGGAGACUCAUAGUGCAAUCCUCUGCAUUUUGUUAAUUGUUCUUAACGUGUUUAGGAUUCCAGCACCAGGCAAGAGUGCUGGGCUGGAUAGGCAAGGCAUAUAUUUUUCUUGCAGAAAUGCCUAUACUUGCUUUAUCUGAGCAUAUACCGCAGAGCUUGGAAAAGUUACUUUUUUGAACUACAACUCCCAUCAGCCCCAGCCAGCAUGGCCACUGGAUUGGGCUGAUGGGAGUUGUAGUUCAAAAAAGUAACUUUUCCAAGCUCUGCCAAUUAGAUAUGCAAAACUGGCACAAUAAUAAUUAAUUGCUUUUUGGAAAUGUUGGCCUAAUUUUUUAAAAAACAACAACAGUGGUUUGCUGCAUCAAAGAGUGAACACACAAGAGUAAAUAGCGAAUUGAUGAAAAUUAUCUUUGCACAGAGCACAUGAGCAUCAACUUAUAAUACAUUGUUUCAUGGCUGUUCAAUCAAAUAUGUUGGCUUUAAAUGGCAAGAGAACCUCUCGCUAAAAUGUACAAGUGUAGAAAAGAUCUCACACCUGUGGAACAGUAGGGCCAUCUCGAGGUUUGAGAGGUCUAUGGGCAAAGUGUCCUCUUCUUGGCCCCCUCUUCUGUCAGUGAACUCUGGCAAGUUUACUUGGUUGUGGGGGCAGUGUUCCGAGUCUAGCUACUCUUCUUACUUUCUUGCAAUACCCUAGGACAAUGCUUGUUUGGGACAUUUUGAGAAAUUGAAAGGGUAGCUAAACACACUGUCAGCUCUGCACUGAGACUGCAGUGCAGGCAGGGCUGUAAAUUCCUGGGUAUUUGCCAGGGCGGGAAAGUCCUUAGCUGGCAGCCUGGUCAUAAAUCUGCCAGGCUAACGAGGAUGAAGCGUGAUAAGGGCAAGGCCCUUUCCAAGCUUAUGUGCCAAGCCAGAAGUCCAGAAGCGAGGUCAGUAGAGGUCCGGGUUCAAUUGCUAAAGGGUCAGUCCGAGAUAAGGUUCAGGGAAACUGGAAACACACAAAGCCACUCCUGAUGUUGUAGUCAGCAACAAGCUGAAGCCAAGGUUUGUCUUUUAAGGAGCAGGUUUGUCAGCAGGUGUGAGCCAUCAGCGUUUUGGCCUUAAGUGGACAGGCCUGCCCCUCUUCUGCCUGACCUUCUGUUGUCUACAUUCUGCAGGUGAGGGGGGAGUAUCCUGUUCACUGGCUGCAUCUGGCUGAAGGGCUUCAGCUGUGUCUGGGGUGCUCUGCAGCUGAGGGGGAGAAGGAGCUGGGUUCUCAGGAGUUUCCUCCGUUUCUCCUUCUGGGUCUGCUGUUGUUACUCCCGAGUCAUCCUCGUCUGAUGAGUCCUCCGAAGGGGCCAUGACACACAGCCACAUGGCAUUGCUUAGUGUACUAGGCCACAAAAAAAUCAAGGAGGGCCUCGUACAGGCAUCAGUAGUGGGACCUGUCAGAGUGGUGGGGCCCUGGCAUCCACCCAAGGAUUGCAGGCGCUGACACCCAUGGUGUAGUGUUUUGAGAUCACUGUUUCUUUGUGACAGACUAAUAUGAAAUCAACAGUGCAGUGGAACCAAAUAAUUCUACUCAUUUAUGCCGUGAUCCAGCCAUGGAUCGUGUACAUGUACAUGGAAACAGUAUGUACCUAUUGUGGAUGCAGAGGAGACCUGAACUGGUGGCACAGAAGGUAAAAUUUGUUUUUAAAUUAUUAAUGAUAAAAAGCCCAAUCCAGCCUCAGUCAUAGGCUGCAGAACAACUGGCGGCUGCAGUUGGAUCAGCAUUCUGCCACAUCAAGACAUAUCCCACUAAUCUAUCCCACUGGGGCCCAGGUGAGUGGGCAUCUAUGCCACCAAUAUGCAUACUGUACAGAAGGAUCUAUUUGCUAGGUGAGUGAACCUUUCUGUGUAUCAAACUUAAGUAUGACCCAAUAACCUAAUGAAACUCCCUUCAAAAAAAUUAGUGUUGUAUGUAUCUAGUUUCUCACAACA